CGCCAGCAACAUCUCCAGUUCUCUCCACCCCCGUCCCUCUCGCAGCAUCGCUAGCCCCCUCCGACUGCGCCCAUCGCCGCUGUUCGUGCCGGUGUGCGACGCUGUCUGUUCGUUGCACGCUCCUGUUCCCGCCCUGCUUCGCCUAUCUAUCACCAGUCCGCCGCUUCGUGCUCCCUGAAACGGUUCCUGUCGUAACCCCCGUCCUCUCCCCCUCUGCCACCCACACCGCGCCGCCUCCGCUGGCCUCACCUCCUGCCCGCAAAUGGCCUGCCGUCGUACCAGAUACUGCUCGUAGGUGCUCAACACUCGCUCGCUGCCACAUGCAUACCUAGGGAGGAGCUCCCUUCAGUGCUCUCCUCGCCAAUAAUGGCCACCCUGGGUUCCCCCUCCCCCCCUUCGUCGCCAUCCAGAACUAUGCGCCGCAGGGGCUGGGCCAGGAAGGUCGAGCGGUACUGCUGCAACACCAUCACUUACUUUCCGCUACUGUUCGUGUACGGGCUGACAUCAUGGGCCGUGUGGGUGGAAGCGGGCAUCGGCUUCGCGCCGACUAAGCAUGCUUGGACAGGAAAGUUGUCUUCUAUCCUGGGAAUCUUCUUCUACCUGAUGCUCAAUUGGAGCUACACCACCGCCGUCUUUACCGAUCCCGGCUCGCCCCUCAAUCUGAACAAUGGCUACAGCCACCUCCCAACCCAGGAGGGUGGAGGCCUGCAGUACACGUCCUUCACCGUCAAGGCCUCGACUGGCGACAUUCGAUUCUGCAAGAAAUGCCAGACCAAGAAGCCAGACCGAGCGCAUCAUUGUUCAACCUGUAAGCGCUGCGUCCUGAAGAUGGACCACCAUUGCCCCUGGCUUGCAACAUGCGUCGGACUCCGGAACUACAAGCCGUUCGUGCUAUUUCUCGUCUACCUUACUUUCUUCUGUUGGGUGUGUUUCGCAGCAUCUGCGUCGUGGGUUUGGAAAGAAGUCUUGAGCGAGGGACAGUACACCGAGUCCUUCAUGCCUGUGAACUAUGUCUUGCUCGCUGUUCUCUCUGGAAUCAUCGGGCUCGUCAUUAGCGGAUUCACUGGAUGGCAUCUAUGGCUAACGAGCAGGGGUCAGACCACGAUCGAGAGCUUGGAGAAGACCAGGUACCUCUCACCGCUGCGGCAAUCCAUGAAGAACCAGCUCCAGGACCGUAAUUAUCUCGAGGCUCAAGCAAAUGGGCGACUGAGCAUAAGUGACCAAUUGCGCGAGAUCCACGCCAAUGUCCUUCCCGGAGUAACUCGGCCCGAAGAGGGCGAAUCACCCUCACGUUCGGUAUCCCGCUCACCAGCACAUGAUAACCGCCCAUUAAGCAAUGGCUACUCUCCCUCGGGCUACAGCCAAUAUGAACAGCGAGAGCGUCAGCGAGACUUCGAUCGCUACGACUCCUACCUCGACGAACGAGACAAUGAGCUCCUCCCGAACGCGUUUGACCUUGCCUGGAAACGGAACUUUGGCCAUGUUUUUGGUCCCUCUCCACUACUAUGGCUCGUCCCGAUCUGCAACACUACCGGUGACGGCUGGUCCUGGGAAGCCUCGCCGAAAUGGGUGGCCGCACGAGAUCGCAUCCGCAGAGAACGUGAGGCAGAAGACCAAAUCCAGAAGCAGCGCGAGCGGGCUGCUGGGUGGGGUAUCGAUUCUCCCACCGAAGCCGAAUUCAGGAGGAGCGGAAGAGUUCCGGAUGGCUGGCAAGCGAACCGACAUUCCCCUCCGACACCGCGGCUCCCCCGGCGACCGGAAUGGCAGUCUCCGCGCCGCCACGGCGAGGAAGCCCGCUAUCUAACGACUUCGAACGGUGUCGUCGCAGCACCAAUUGAAGGCCGUCGUAGUCCCGGGAAGGCAGACCAGAUCCUAGGUCGUGAACGUGGCAUGUAUGCUGAUGGCGACAUGCAGCUCCAGCCAAUUGAUCGCCGGAAAUUCGACCAAUACAACUAUAUUUCUGAGGAUGACGAGUCUUCGGAAUCAACUGACGAUGAAGUCCGUCCGACGCGCAAAAUCCAAAACCCCCAGCCUCAGCCACAGUCUAGGGUUACUAAGAAUUGGAAUGAUAUCCCGGACGGCUUUCUGAAUGCCCCGCCGAAAGGGAAACCGAGGGGUGGUGGUCGUGAGAGUGCGGAGGCGAGUCAGGAAAGGAAACCUACGUUGAAGAAGAAUAAUGAGUGGGAUGAUUGGGGUCAUGAGACUUAAGACUAAGGUUGAUCCCGUCAAGCUUUAGUUGCAAGAUAUGGCGUGGUAUGGCAUGGUAAUGAGCUGACGUGCUUUUGGAAACGGGAAAACGCGUGUAAAUGGGAGUGCGGUUUGUAUUAUUUGCAUAUGACAGACAAGAAUUGGCAUUUGUCGGCGCCUGUGGCAGCUCUUGGUGAGGUUUCCUUCUCUUUUUCUUCUGAAGGAUACGGACAUGAUUCUAAAGUCUGGGGUAUUUGAACUUGGAUCUUGGGGUUUUGUGUAGAUGUGGCCUUUUGAAAUUCACAAUAGCCUCCUAGUAAAGUUAAUGCGUAUACAUAUUUCAUUCAU